GGAUGCAAAGCAUUUGUCUACAUACCUGAAGAAAAACGCACCAAGCUCCAAAACAGAGCAUUUGAAGGUAUCUUCGUUGGAUACAGUGACAGUGUCAAAGGUUACAGAAUCCUAGAUCCCAGAACAGCCAAGGUUACCAUUAGCAACAGCGUAACUUUUGUUGAAGAUUUAAGAGACAAUGUAAUGACAACAGUAGAAGCAAGAAUACAAGAGAAAACUGACAUUGACCAGCCCAUCUCUGUAACUUCUGAACAAACAGUUGAAGUGAGUAUAGACGCAACCAGUACUGAAGAGCAGACACAAGAAGGCUCAGACACAAAAAUUAGACGGUCAACAAGAGAAAACAAAGGUAAACCACCUAUACGUCUCUCAUACAAAGCAAGUACUGCCAGUAUCAACGAACCUGUAAAAUGGGAAGACAUAUCUCAACUUUCAGAACAAGAAGCAACUAAAUGGAUAAAGGCUGCUGAGGAAGAGCUCAAAUCCAUGCAUGACACUAAAACAUGGACACUUACAGAACUACCACCCGGAAGGAAAGCCAUAGGCUGUAAAUGGACUUUUAAAGUGAAAUACAAUGCAGAUGGCACAAUUGAACGAUACAAAGCAAGACUAGUAGCCAAAGGCUAUUCUCAAAAAUAUGGGGCC